UGUGCAUUGUACAGUGUAGACGAUAAGAGACAAAAUGGCACAGGCAGCCUUUAAAACAUGCGAGAUUUGUGUUAGUGCUCCAGGAUCACAAUACUGCUUAGAGUGUGAACAAUACUUUUGUGAAAACUGUAAAACCUUACAUAAAAGGCAGAACAUGUCGAAAAAUCACCAGUUUCAAUCUUCUUCGGACGUUAUCCCGGAAGGUAAAUCAAAAUGUAAAGACCACCAUGAAGACGUAAGUUUUGUGUGUAAUACCUGUAAUGUAGCAGUUUGCAGCAGUUGUGUGACAGGAAGUCACAAACGGCACGAUUUCUCAAAGCUUUAUGACAGCAUCGCACGUCUGAAAGCGAAGAAUGAAAAAGAACUGCGUAGAAAGGUACAAGAGGCAACCAAAAAUAUGAAAAAUUUCGAAGAAGGUAUAAAGACAUUUGAUGUAAAGGUGGAAGUAGUAGUUAAAGCUAUUACAGAAGAAGGUACACAGAUAAAGGCUAUGAUUGAUAAAUGUAUCGCAGAGAUGAUUGCAUCGGUCAGAGAUCAAUCCAGGACGGAAAAGGAUAAAUUGAAAAGGAUCAUUGCAGAUACUAAAAUUGAUUUGAAGGCAGGAAGCGACUUAGACAAGAAGAUAUAUGAACUGGACAAGACACGAAACGAUGAAAAAUUGUUACAGUCUCUUCAGAAACUUGCGGAUGACAUUGAGAAGCUGACGAUAGAGCCUAUAUUCGAGUUCCCUAAUGUACAUUUUACAGCUAGGUCCGCAACAAAUAAUGACAUCAAACAGAUUGUUGGCACAUUCAAGAUAAGUGAAAUGCGUUCAAAACAAAACAGUCUCGUGAUGAAAGAAGUAAUUAAACAAAAGAGUGAAUACGAACACGAUAUGAAACCCAAAGAUCAAGAAAGAUACCUGUACAGAUGUCAACGUUGUGGAAAGGAAGAGAGAACUAACAAGUGAGUAUUAU